UGCGAGAACUCCUCUACUGUAGAAACGACGGAAGCGCAGUUCUGGAUUUUGGUUUGACUGAAAGAAAGAAGGAUGGAGUUUCUGACAGGGAACCCGUUUACUACACCGGUGGGCCAGCGAAUAGAAUAUGCAACCAGCUCAAGUCUCCAGUCUGAGGACUGGGCCCUCAACAUGGACAUCUGUGACAUCAUCAAUGAGACAGAGGAGGGGCCUAGAGAUGCAUACAAAGCAAUAAAGAAGAGGAUUGUUGGAAACAAGAACUUCAGAGAGGUCAUGCUGGCAUUGACUGUACUGGAAGCGUGUGUGAAGAACUGUGGCCACAGGUUCCAUGUGCUAGUCUCAACCAGGGAGUUUGUUGAGGGCGUUCUUGUCAGGUCCAUCUUACCCAAGAACAAUCCCCCUCUGGUCCUGCAUGACAGAGUGCUCAGCCUUAUACAGGCAUGGGCAGACGCAUUCCGCAGCUCACCAGCUCUGACGGGCGUGGUCUCUGUGUACGAGGACCUGAGACGGAAAGGACUGGAGUUCCCCAUGACUGAACUCGACGGAUACUCCCCCAUUCACACUCCAAAUAGGACUAUGCCUGAUAACGGGCCUGUCACUGUAUCUGCUGCACCCUCAUCCCCCAGGCCUGUCCCCAUAUCACCACAGCUUCCUGCAUCCCAACAGAGCGAGCAGGGACCCCUCACCUUCACACCUUAUCAGGUUAAAAAGUUGAAGACCGACCUGGGAGUGGUUCGAGGUAACCUGACAGUGAUGUCAGAUAUGAUGUCUCAACUGGAUCCAGCAACAGCCAAGCAUUCAGACACAGAGCUGCUUCAGGAGUUGUAUGUAGCAUGUAAAGACAUGCAGGAUAAGAUAAUGGAGCUAGUCCCAAGACUCAGUGAGGAGAAACUGACCGAAGAGCUGCUGGUUGCCAAUGACGAAAUCAAUGCCUCAUUCACUCGCUACCAGAGGUUUCAGAGACAAAGAGCUACACAGCAGAGCCCAACCUACGUCAACCUUAUUGACCUCAGCGCAGCAAUCAAGCCUGUUGUUACAGCUCCCACCCACAGCCAUCUCAGCCGAUCAACAGUGGACACAGUGUCUAGUCAGAUGACAGGACUCAGUAUGAGGGAAUUCGAUGAAUUUGCACAGAACAGGAGCAUCUCACAGACACAACUGAGACCGAGUGAGUGGAAUGAAGGUGUUGCCGACAGUCUGGCUCAAGCACAGAACACCAGAUUACAGAACACUGCAACGGGUGACAGCCCAGACAUCACCCCCCUCAGCUCCUCGACACAGUUUGAUUGGAUGAUGGAAAAGGGAAUGAUCCCUGUGAGUCAGACGUCUGUGAUGGAUGACAUUGAGAAGUGGCUGGAUGUGGACGAGGAGGACGACAUGGCUGAUUCAGAGGGUGUGACAAGUGCGGAGUUUGACAGGUUUCUGGCAGAAAGAGUGAGAGCAGCGGAGCGACUCCCGUCCCUGAAAGCUUUUUCUCGUGACGACAACAACCACUCAGAAAAAUAGGCCAAGCCGCAACCUGUCACCUAACCAAUGCCAUUUUCCCAAAUAGUGUGAGAGGACUGAACUGGCUGAAUGUAUGAUUGGCACAUACAGUGAGUAAAUGACUGGUGGGAACAACAACUCCUGACAAUAGGGUUGUGCUACUGACACUCGGGUGAACUACUUUAUGUUCAACUCUCCUGGGUUAAGGUCUUCAUCUAGUACGUUUAAUGUAUAUUUUUAUGUGAAGGCGUGGACCAAGUGUUUUUAACUUACACUAAGAGUGUUUUAUGAUAAGAACUUAAGUCGUCCAGUGCCACUAUAAAUAUGGAUAUCCAGUUGAGGAGGCUGGUGGGAGGAGCUAUAGCAGGAUUGGCUUAUUAUAAUGAAUGGAAUGUAGUCAAACAUGUGGUUUCCUUAUGUUUGGUACGGUUCCAUUUAUUCCAUUCUAGACAUUAUAAUGAGCCUGUCCUCAUAGCUCCUCCCACCAGCCUCUGGUAUGGCUGUGGAUUCAAACAUUUGCACAAUUAUUAAGUUUAAUUCCUGUUAUGUUUCUUAGAAGAGAAUGGAAUAUGCCCAAUAUUUUCAGAUGAACAUUGAAUGAUGUGCAUUCCAGAAAAUGCAGGCAUGAUAAACACAAUGUUAGUAGAUUGCCAUAAGAUAUAAUUAGGGGAAAUGUAUUAUGUGAAUCCCAUUUGUAAUACAGAACACUUUUGGGAAGAGCAAUACAAACCUAAUUGUUUCUGGAGUACUUGAAGUUUAUCAAAUGUUACACAAUGUCAGUCAAGAACUUGUUCUCAACUGGCCUACCUGGUUAAAUAAAGGUGAAAUAAAGUAUGUUAACAUUAAACACAGA